CUCCCCCAUCCUGGGUACCAGUUGGGAGCUUUCAGGUGCUGGAGAUUGAAGAGAUGGAGCAGCUUCCUCAGCAACGCCGGGCCCAUUAAAACACUGCCGAUCUGAGCUGCCUUCCUCCCCGCAGCCUUCAGCAGGGAUGGAGUGAACCAGACCCCUGGACCUGCCCGCGGGGAACAGCAAUGGAGUUAAAGCAAUCUCUGUCUGUUCAUCUGGAAGCCGAGAAGCCUCUCAGGCGUUAUGGGGCGGUGGAGGAGACAGCAUGGAAAGCGGAGGGACUGGGAAGAUGGAUGACAUUCAGCUCUGCAAGGACAUCAUGGACCUGAAGCAGGAGCUGCAGAACUUGGUCGCCAUCCCAGAAAAAGAAAAAACCAAGCUGCAGAAGCAGAGAGAGGAUGAGCUCAUCCAGAAGAUCCACAGACUGGUACAGAAGAGAGACUUCCUGGUGGAUGAUGCCGAGGUGGAACGCUUAAGGGAACAGGAAGAAGACAAGGAAAUGGCUGAUUUCCUGAGAAUCAAGUUAAAACCUCUAGACAAAGUAACCAAGACUUCAGCCAGCUCCCGGGCAGAGAAGAAGGCAGAGCCCCCACCUAGCAAGCCAACAGUGGCCAAGACAGGGCUGGCACUCAUCAAGGAUUGCUGUGGGACCACCCAGUGCAACAUCAUGUAGCCCCUAUGUGGGUGCCCCAGAGCUAUGGGGACCCUUCCUCCCACCCUCUUGUCCUCAUAGCCCCCAUUUCACAGGGGUACAAGAGCUUUCCAAGGCAGAAGGGAUUGACAGCAAGCCCAUGACUGCUAUCAGGGGCUAUGGGUAUGGCAGGUGGGCCCAGUCUGUACAGCGUGUAGCAAUAGAGAGCCCCUCACUGUCGCAUGACCCUCCCCAGAGCAUGCCCAACCCAGGAGUCUGUCUUAUCAUUUAUCUAACCACCAAGAAAGCCCCUCCCUUAAAACAAUAGACCUUCACUUUUCUCUAGGUGUAUCUAACCUACCAUGCAAACGAACUGGGCAAGGGCAUAGCCCCAGGUGUGUAUAGCUGUGAAUUUCAAUAAUCUAGCACAGUGUUGGUCCCAUUCCCCACCUACCCUCCCAGCUUUGCUGUCAGAUACAAGUCCCGUUCCCUGUUUGCCCUCUCCCAGGGACUGUAGCUUGGAGGGUUCCACACAGCCCACACACCUCUUAGGCUCCAUUGUAAUCACUUCCCUAAAGACACUGGCCUGUCUAUGAAAGCUGAGUGUGUGUGGUGUUGGGUUUACACCUCCUGCUCCAUCCCAGCCUGGUGUGUAUCUAUCUGCCAGACUCCAGGCUCUUCCUUGAUUUGCCAUGCCCAGCCCACAGUGGAACAGAGUAGGGAACUGUGACCAAAAGCAGAUCCAGUGCUUGGACCAGGUAGCAGAGAACUGCAGGGACCAAUAUCAAGACCAGAGUGAAUGAGAAGGGGACCCAGAAAAGAUGCCAACCCACAUCCUCUUCACCCAGGGCUGCUGCAAAUGAGUACAUACAAGUGGGAAGGUCACACUGCUGGCCCAACACACACUGACAGGAAGCCUGACCCAACUAUGUCCCAUUGUCUGGUGGCGUGUUUGAACCAGCCCCACAAUUCGUCUUGUGUAACUUGAUGUACAUUUUAAAUGGCCAGCCCAGCACAGCCUGUGUGAACUCUGUGCGUGUAUGUGUGUUAUGACUGGCCUAAGUACUUAGCACCAGUCAAGAUUUGCUGAUGUGCAAACUAUCCAUCAGAGAAAAUAAAAAUGAAAAACACACAUAACAUCUUAUAUGUUCUUACCUUUUUAAAUUAUAGAUAUAACUCAUAUACUUAGAAAAUCAUUUUUAAAGUACAGAAAGUAUAUAAAAAUUUUAUCUACUCACAAUUUUCCUUGUGACCUCUGAUAUUUUGACCUUUGUCCUCAAGUCUUCUCAUAAAUUUCUUUUGUCAUGAUUUGCAUCAUAUUGAAACAUUUUAUACCCAGCUUUCUUUUCAGUUAUUAUUAUACCAAGUAGGCUCCUCCUCCAUCAUUCAAAGUUCUUUGUUAACAUUAAACAUGCUUCAUAUUUAUAAUGGUUGCUUAGUACUCCAUCUUGUGGAUAUACUGUUGUCUAUUUUACCAUUGCCUCAAUACUGGACAUUUAGACCAUCCCUACGUUUUCCCAUAUCAUAAAUGAGGUCAUGACCAACAUCCUGAGGAGCUAAAUCUUCACCUGAAUUUGUCUUUGUCUUUUUCUUUUUUUAAAGAUAAACUAGAAGUAAAAUUAUUGGUCAUUAAUGAGAAUAAUUUUCAAGAUAUUUGUAAAUCUGGCUUAGUAUAAAGCGCAGUAGGUAGAGUGCUUGUCUUGUAGGCGGAAAGCCCUGGAUUCCAUCCCAAGUUGUGUGUAAACUGGAUGUAGUAGUGCAAGUCUUGACUCCUAGAACUGGGAGAAAGGGAGGAAGUGGAGGCAGGAGGUUCAGAAGUUCAAGGCCAUCCUUGGCUACAAGUUAAAGUUAAAGCUAAAUAAGACCUCUAUCUCAAAAAAACAAAAGCAAAACCAAAAAAAAAAAAAAACAAUGAGAAUCCGGAGUGGGUCUAUAGUAUCAUCACAAUGGAGGGGACUGCAGUUCUGGCUGUGAGACUUGGCAUUUUGGUAGGUAGAGAGUGUGCAUCAGGCCCUGCAAGCUGUCUCAGGUGAGUUUCUCCUUCGGCCCACAUGCUACACCCUGACAAGCUAACAGUGAAGAUGGACGUUUAUCAAAAUACUGACCUUAGAGGACACUGUGUCCUCCUUCAGUACUCUAGACCAUGUGUGAUAAUAGGUUACAUGGGAGUCCUAGAAUAACCACAAUAAAAAGGUGAGCACAAAAUGGGGACUUAGCACCACAGAAAUCCAGCCAAAGGGGUCUCUACAGCUUUCCUUGCCAAGGCUAUGUAUGUGCAGAGGCCCUCUUUGCUUCAUCUAGUUCCUAGAAAUCUUGGACCUUUGUUGGCUUCAGUGUGCCCAUCCCUACCCCUGUCUCCAGGGAUUCUCCUCUGUGUAUCCCCUCUCAUCAUGAGACACCACUGAUGGAGUUUACGGCCCCCUAGCUCAGUCUGACUUCAUUAAUCUUAUGCAAAGCUCCUACUUCAGUUAAGACCACAUUCUAAAGUCCAGGCUGCUUCACUUAGACUUUUUGCUGUGACAGAAUAUCUGAUACAAACACCUUAAAGGAGGAAGACUUCGGGUUCAAAGUCUUCAGAUUGAUCUGUUCAUGGUUGUUUAGCUCUAUAUGUUUGAGCAGGACAGUUUGGCAGUGUCCAAAUGUUGGAAGAGCACCACACUUCACUGUGGGUAGCAAUGCCUGUCUCAUCUCACUUCCCACCACUAGUCCAUUUGGGAUCCCACAACUGUAAGAUGGGGUUCAACCACAUUCAGGGUAGGUCUUCUUGCUCUGAGAACACCUUCAUAGACACACUUAGAGAUAUGCCUUAUUGAUCCCCCAGGUACCUCUUAAUCCAAUCAAGCUGAUAUGGUGAACCAUCACAGGUAGACAUGAAAUUAGGUCAGAUUUCUUAUCCAACUUCUUAGACUCCUUCACACUCUAACUCAAAACACUGAGACCACACAGAGGGCUUUGUUGUCCCUUCCAUAUGGAAAACAUAGCAAGCCAAGGGGCCGAGAACCAAUUCCUCACAGAUAUCCUGCCUUCAGUACUUACCCCACUAAGCUCCCAGCAUCCAGUACUCCCACUGAGUUCCUAGAAGACCUGUAUUAUAGUCCUGCUAUUCCUUUACUGGUUUUGAAAAUGAGUAUCUAGGGCCAGUAGGAUGGUUUCGUGGGUAAAACUACUUGUCACAUAAGCUGAUAAUCUAAGUUUCAUGCCCAUAUCCCACUGUUACUUUUAUAGUGUUGUGAUAAAACACUGAUCAAGGAACUGAUUUUUAAAAAACAUUUAACUGGGGUUAUGGUUCUAGUUCAUGGUGAUGCAGUGAGGCUUUGCAGCAGGAGCAGAUGAGAGAGCACAUCUUGAACCACAGAGGAAACAAAAAGCACACUAGGAAUGGGAGGGGUCUUUUGGAACCUCAAAGUCCACAUCCAGUGACAACUUCCUCCAGCAAAGCCACACCUCCCAAUCCCUACCCCCCCCCACCCCACCCCCCAGAGACAGCCACCAAACAGGAGCCAACCAGUAUUCAAAGCCACAAGACUUAUGGGGGACAUCUCAUUCAAACUACCACACCCACCUAAAAGCCCAGAUGAAAUAGAAGGCCUUUGCAAUCCCAGCACUCCUACAGGAGAGGAGAAGCAGGAAGAAGAUACCCAACCGGAAGCUCUCUGGUCAGGGAGCCUGAAAUACACAGCACAGCAGGCAAGAAAGACCCCGUCUUAAGAGAGAAAAUUGCCUCUUGAAAGUUGUCCUCUGACAUCCAGUGGGCAGCUUUGCACAUGUGCAUGCACACACACACAGUGUGUCUCAUAUACAAAACUAUAACAGCUGACAAACAUCUAUUUGGGCUUUAAGCAGGACAGAACCAGAUGAAAAUGAGAGAUGAUGAUCUUGGAUCACCAGGGUUACACAAAGCUGGGGAAUCUUGAAGAUCAUGGGACCCUCCACACCCAGACUUGAUCCUUCUGGAAGGCAUCAAGGAGGCUGGUAACAGGAAUCCUACUCGUGGCACUAAGUACCAUACACACAUCUCCCAUCAGGCAGAUCCUAUUACUGUCCUCACUGCACAGGUGAGGAAACGGCAGGACUCCAUAGUUGAAUCCUAUGGCAGCUAGUGGGGGAAUCACCUCUCAUUGCUCAUGUUCCUCCCUGACAGUCCUUUCUUCUUACUGCAUUUAUACACAUCUCCCAUUUAAACAAAUACCUCUCUGCCCUCAUUGCCAUCUUUCUCAGCAUCUUCCUAGCUUUCUUCUUUAGAGGCGGCCAUAGACAUGCCAUGUCCAUCUUCCUAAUCUCCAGUUGCCUCCUGAAUGCAUCUGUUUUCCUUCUGGGGCUGGGACUUGUACACGUUAGUGCUCUACUACUGAGCCACUGGCAAACUUCUUGAAUCCAUUAAUCUGUCCUUUAUGCUGUCUCAAAGCUACCUCCUCUCAUCAGGAAUACAAGCUUGUGCCUAGGUUACAUCAGGCUGGUGCCCAUCAGUCGGCCUCAUGGUCUCUGGUGCCUGGGAGAGACAUAUAUAUGCUUUGCCUCAGUCUCUAGGUGUGCGUCCUACCUCCCAGGAGCACCUCUCUCCAGCCCCCUUUAUUUUACUUAUUUAAUUUUGAACUUUUCAUUUUUAUUUACAGGUGUGUGUGUGUGUGUGUGUGUGUGUGUGUGUGUGUGUGUGUAUGUUGCAUGUAUACAGGUAACUAUGGAGGCCAGAAGAGGGUGUCAGGGUGAUAUCUCCGUGGAGCUGGAGUUAUAGGAGGUUUUGAGCUGGAAACUGAACUAGAGUCCUCUACAAAAUGACACUUAACUGCUGAGCCACCUUUCUGGCUUCUUACAUGACCUCUGGUCAGUUAAACUGAGCUCCUAGACCAGCUUGACCACAGGCUGUUUUGGACUUGUAACUGUCCUCUUCUUUCCACUUUAAUGCAAGACUUAUAGACUUUCUACUCUCUGCUAAACCUUCCUGAUGCUUGGGGAUCAUCACCAGACCUGAUCUUUUCUCUUUUCCACUUCUCAAACAUCUUGGAUAGCUAGCUACACUGCUAGACUUGUUUUUCGACCUGGAUAUCCCUCCUAAACUCAGAUUUGGUCUGAAUCAACACUGGAAUACAACGUGCACAUUAAAGUAACACAUCCUAAAACAAGGAUUGGCAAGCUGCCAUCUAACGUAUGCCCGCCUCUGGUUGUAAAUAAAGUUUUUUUUUUAAACCUUC